AGAGAGAAAGCGAGAUACAUACGCAUGCGCGCUACAUUUACACUUCCGGGUUUGUCUUUAAGUGAAAUGUAACAUUUCGCUUGUGAUGUAUCUAUGAAACUUGUUACCCGGGCAGAGAAUAAAAAGGUGCUUAGCUGUAAUUAAAGCGACACGUUGUUUAAAGGCAAAAGAAAAGAGAAAAGUCUCUGCGAAUGAGACUCUCGCUAGACUCGCUCUAAUGGACUGAUGUUGCACUGUUGUGGCUUAUGACCGGACGGAACAGCAGCAUGUCGCGCCUGAUGUUUCUAGCAGCCGCGGUGUUUCUCCUGUCCGCUCCUGCGAGCGCCUCUCAGGGGGACAAAGAGCCCGUCUAUCGCGACUGCGUCAAACAAUGCGUCCGGACCAACUGCACAGGGGCCCUACUGCGCGGAUUCCAGUCCUCUCAGCCUCCAUACAUGACACUCACUGGCUGGACGUGUCGUGAUGACUGCAGGUAUCAGUGCAUGUGGACCACCGUGGGUCUGUACCAGGCAGAGGGCUACAGCAUACCACAGUUUCACGGGAAGUGGCCAUUUGCUCGUUUCCUGUGUUUUGAGGAGCCUGCGUCUGCGCUGGCAUCUCUGCUCAACGGUCUGGCAUGUCUGCUAAUGCUGCUGAGAUACCGCAGCGCCGUCCCUCGACAGAGCCCCAUGUUCCAUACUAUCACCGCAUUCUCACUGGUUUCCCUGAAUGCAUGGUUCUGGUCUACAGUGUUUCACACGAGAGACACCUAUCUAACAGAGAAGAUGGACUACUUCUGUGCAUCAGCUGUCAUUCUUUACUCGAUCUACUUGUGCUGUGUCAGGACGUUGGGCUUGCGUAGGCCUGCAAUUUCCAGUAUGGUGGGAGUUCUGCUCAUUCUGGCCUUCACGUCUCAUGUGUCUUAUCUGACCUUUGUCAGUUUUGACUAUGGGUACAACAUGGCUGCCAAUGCCACCAUAGGCAUGAUAAACCUGUUGUGGUGGUUGUGCUGGUGUUGGCUGAACCACAGGAUUUUGCCGUACUGGUGGAAGUGUGGGAUGGUGGUGCUCUUACUGCAUGGCCUUGCCCUGCUGGAGCUGCUGGAUUUCCCUCCUCUCUUCUGGGUCCUAGACGCUCAUGCCGUCUGGCACCUCAGCACCGUGCCCGUCCACUUCCUCUUCUACAGUUUUCUCAUAGAUGACAGCCUUCACCUCCUCAACACAGAGAAGCCUGGAGUGAAACUGGACUAGGACAAAACCGUCUCAGAACCCCAACCCCUCCUCUGAUAUCCUUCCCAUCAGGGCAAGUGCGAGCCGGACCGAGCCAGGCCUCAACCGCAGUGGCUUCCAGCAUGUGUCCUGGGGCUGAAGUUUUGAAUUUCAUUGUUUUCUUUGUGUUUACACUUUCUUUUUACCAUAACUUUUUUUUAUUUUUGUAUUGUACAGAAAGGGUUGUCGUUUGGGCUGGUUUUAAAGAUGUGCCACUGAUGUUUGCAUUCACUUGAGCUUUGCCUUCAAUUAAGAAGUAAAUCAGCCUUUAUCAUCACAGCACUCUUUUAAAAAGGUGCACUGAAUAAUAACCAUCUUUGCAGAUGAAUAUCUUCACAUAAGGUGUUCAUAUCUCCCACUCAUAUCCGUCUACAUUUGUGGUGCUUGAUUUAAUGGCCCUGAAGUGAAUAUAUCUCAGAGAUAGAAGUAGAUUGAGCUUUAGUUUUAAACAUCCGUUCACUAUAAGCGUGCUGAACAUCAGGAGGGGUUGAGUGAGCAGUGUGCUCUGUUUCUGAGACGUGUGGCGGUUACCUCACUAGGGUGCAACACCAGUGGCUACCAGCAGAGGUGCUGAUUAGCUUCCAUAUUGCGGGAAGUUCACUGUUCUGUGAAAUUAAAAUUAUGUUGAAAAUUAACAUAAGGAAAAGUUUAGUAGAACGUUCAUAUAAUAAAAAUAAAAGGUGACCAUUGACCGACAAGCUUCAAAAAUGACAAAAAGCACCAUUAUAUGGGCUCUAUAGGCCCAUUCACACCAAGAACGAUAACUAUGAAGUUUGAAAACAUUCUAAUUCUGUUAGAAUAAGGACGUUUACAUUAUUAUAACAAUGAUGAGACAGGAAUGAUAUCAUUGGAAUCACUUUCAGAACAAUUUUUUCUAGCUCAUGAAUGAUAAAAACAUUGACAGCCAAUCAGAUCUUGCUUUAAAGAGCCUAAGCAUUUUAAUAGCCCCUGUGAUGAAAAUCAAGUUUUUAAUGUUGUUUACAUGUCUAUCGGGUGUUUUAAUAUGCCAAACCAUGUGCAAACUCAUCAGUCAACACCACUGCAGAUCAUUUUCUCCUUAAAACUGCGGUGUACCAAAGACUCAAAAAUGCGGUCACAAACUAUCACAAACAUGCAACCAAUCCAGUCAUCUUGCAGGGUGGGGCUUUUUAUAUUAUUAUCAAAACUGUUUUUACCUAAGGAUGUAGAUUUUAGAAGGUAGCUGUCUAAGACGGUGAACAGGAGCGUGGUUUGUGUAACAUUAGCGACAUGUUAUUAACUGUUUGAUAAUGUAGUCAGAUCAAAGGCUAAUGAUAUAUACCGUUACAUGUCUGAUGUUGUAGAGCGUGAUACAUAAAAUGCAUUACCAUUCUGAUACACUGACUUGUAUACGGCCCUGUAUAAUUCAUUCUUCCUCUUCUUCUUUGGAAUCGGUUUUUGGUUCAAACAAAUAUGGCUGAAUGAAUCCAAUAUCGCUACUUGCCAUUGUGUAGCAUUUACUACUUCAGUUAACCGAGUAAAAGUGGAACUGGUAGUCCAAACUCAUGUGAUUGAGUGGAGGUGGGGUCUAAUUUGCAUAUUCUUGGAUCCGCAUAUAUUAAAUGAGGUUAGGGUAGGGUUAUAUUCAAGCCAUUUUAAGGCAUAAAGAGAAAUUAUUUUAUGUUAUCAUUAUAGUUAUUUUUCUUGGUGUGAACGGGCCUUAUUUCAAGUC